AUGGCCUCUCGUGUCCUGGUCUAUGGUCUACCCCGGUCUCUCCCUCCCCUCCCUCCGGGGCCUGCCCCUACCUGCGUUCCCUGCGUCGAGGGGCGGCAGCGCGCUGCUCCUCACUCCUCCGAGUUUCCGCCGACAGAGGCUCCGCUGCAGACUCUCCACAUGAACGUGUGGGGCCCAGCCCGCGUCCGUGGACAGGGUCACGAGCGCUACUUCCUGCUGGUGGUUGACGACUACUCGCGUUACACCACAGUCUUCCCCUUGCGCCGCAAGGAUGAGGUCACUGAGGUGUUGAUCGACUGGAUCCGCGCUGCUCGUCUCCAGCUCAGGAAGAGUUUCGGCUCGGACUUUCCUGUUCUGCGUCUGCACUCUAACAGAGGUGGUGAGUUUUCCUCCGGCCCUCUGCGAGCCUUCUGUCAUGCGAGGGGCAUCCGCCAGACGUUCACGCUUCCGGCCUCUCCACAGCAAAAUGGGAUUGCUGAGCGCCGCAUUGGCAUGGUCAUGGAUGUCGCUCGCACGUCCAUGAUCCAUGCGGCUGCUCCCCAUUUUCUGUGGCCGUUUGCGGUUCAGUACGCGGCGCGUCAGAUCAACCUCCAUCCCCAGGUCUCCAUGCCGGACACCUCCCCCACUCUGAGGUGGACGGGGCAGGUUGGCGAUGCGUCUGCGUUUCGUGUCUGGGGAUCUCGCGCUUUUGUCCGAUUCUUGUCUACGGACAAGCUGUCCUCCCGUGCUGUUCCCUACAUCUUCCUUGGCUUCCCCCCUGACGCGCCUGGUUGGCAGUUUUACCACCCCACCUCGCGCCGUGUUCUGUCCUCCCAGGACGUCACGUUUGACGAGUCGGUUCCGUACUACCGUCUCUUCCCCUACCGCGCUGCCCCCCUUCCCCCCCCGCCGCUCUUCCUUACGCCAGGUCCCCCCCCGGUAGACCCCCUCCCCCCUCAGGGUCCUGCUCCUUCAGGUGUGUCUCAGGUAGACCCCCCCCCCUUGGCUGAGCCUUUGGAGGUCACUUCCGACACCUCUGGCUCACCUGAGGGGGGUGACGCUGCUGCUGCUGCCCUGGCGGCCUACCGCCGCGCACCACGCUUGGAGACCCCUCCGGGGUUCCCUCCGCGACCUUCUUCGCCGCCUCUGCAGCCGGUUACUGUUGACUCUGGUGCUGUUGGGGGUGGUGCUCCUGGAGGUGCUGCGUCUGGGGGUGCGGAGUCUGGGGGUGCUGAGCCUGCGCGUGAGGAGACUGGAGGUGAGACACUUGACGAUACUGGGACUGCUGGUGCACGGCCUACUUGGAGUGGCCGCCUUCGUCCGCGUGUGCCUCUCACCACUCAGCAGCUGCACGACUGGUACGGUCGCCGUCAGCGUCGCGCUGCUGGAGCCCGGGGCUCUGCUGCUGGAGGUACUGGAGCUGCUGGGGCUGGGGGUGCUGCGCCUGGAGGUGCCGCUGCUGGAGACACUGAGGCUGGCGACCCUGGGACUGGAGGUGCUGGUUCUGGGGGUGCUGCUGCGGGAGACACUGCGGUUGGAGACCCUGGGACCGGAGGUGCUGGUUCUGGGGGUGCUGCUGCGGGAGACACUGCGGUUGGAGACCCUGGGACCGGAGGUGCUGGUUCUGGGGGUGCUGCUGCGGGAGACUCUGCGGUUGGAGACCCUGGGACUGCAGGUGCCGGUUCUGGGGGUGCUACUGCUGGUGGCACUAGCUCUGGAGCUGCUGGCGCUGGAGGUCUUGGUUCUGAGGCUGGAGCUUCUGGAGCUGCUGGAGGCACUGGAGCUGCUGGAGGUGCUGGAGCUGCUGGAGCUGCCGGAGCUGCGUCGUGA